CAUGUAAAGAGGGCGUGUUCAAGCACACUACGGAGGCAGGCUGGGCUCAUUGUAGUGAGUUAUUGCACUUCAGAGCAGCAGCACCGCUUCAGAGGAUGCACUGACAGCAACUGCAACAUUUCUAUGUUAAAUAAGAGACAUUUGUCUGUCUAACAAGAGUUAUUUUGGAUUUCCGGAGAGUGUUUCAUCGUCUCCUCCUCUUGGUUUGCUGAACGCACCCCCACCGUCAGUCAACCUGCUGGGGGCCUGAAAGUGAAGCAGCAGCAGCAGCCGGCUUUAUGAAUGGGGAUGCUCGGUUCCCAGGCUGACCGCAAUUGAGGAGGAUCAAUAUUCAUUCCAAGGUCUCUAACAAGGAUUAUAUUCAAGAUUUGGAAGCUCUCUGUCCAUAAGAAAACAACCACGAUGCCCAUCCUAAAACAGCUAGUGUCUGGCUCCUCCCAGACCAAGCGCCGCUCCCGCAUGGACCUGACCAGGGAGAUGAUCAGCGCUCCGCUGGGCGACUUCCGCCACACCAUGCAUGUAGGCCGCAGCGGCGACGCGUUCGGAGACACAUCCUUCCUCAGCACCCGCUCAGGUGAACCUCCCCCUGAGAACAAUUUCUUCCCCCGCUCUCCCCGGCCCGGCCUCCUGUCUCGCACCUUCAGGAGCAGCAAGCGCUCCCAGUCGGUGAACCGAGUGGACCAGCAGAGCACCCUGCUGACCCCUGGUGGCUCACCCACCUAUGUGAAGAAUGCCAUGUCUCUGCCCUUCCUCAAUGAUGAUGGCAGCGGGGACGGUAUGGUGGCGAAGAGUUUGUCCUCGAGUCCUUUAAAGCAAAUCGGGGAGGUGGACGGGAGAGGCGCAGCUGCAACCGCUCACUUCCUGGAGCUGCAAGAGCGGAGCUUCGGGGAGCUGACUGAGCUUCCGGAGAGCUCCCACCACUACGGAGGUGGCAUGAAGCACGCCGAGUCGGUAAUGUCUUUCCAUGUCGACCUCGGACCCUCCAUGAUGGGCGACAUCCUGGGGGUGAUGGAGAAGGAGGAGGACGAUCUCGGCUACGAGGAGGGCAAGAGCAGCGAGGGCCGGGCCUCGCCGCCUCUCAGCACCCACGGUGGCGAAGAGGACAGCGUGGAGAGAGAAAAAGAUGUGGAUGCGGAGGAGGAGAUGGAGAUGGAGGAAGAAGCUGCAGAACAGCCGGCCCCUAUGCAUCCAGCCAGCUCUGUAGACUUGGCGCCUGAGAACGGAGGUCCGUACACCCCAGAGUACACUCCCGAGACUCGGCCCAAACACUUGCAGCAUCUAGACAGCUGCUCCAUGUCCAGCUCUGGCUCGGCUGCCCUGGACGAGAAACCAAACAGCCAGACGUAUGCAGGAGAUACAGACAGCGCCACCUUUAGCGCCCCGCCAGAGGAGGACAGCAACUUCUCCUCUUUCUUGGAGGAUGAAGACGAUGAGAUCCGCGUAUGAGACUCUGAAGUCUUCUAAAAAAAAAAAAAAAAAUAGGACAGCGCUCUGGAAGGGGGAUUAUGUGAAACUAGCAAGUCCUCAGACAGUGUGGAUUUGCACUUGAACAGAAAAGAGACACUGUUGUCGGGUACUGUGGGAAUGGGACUGUGAAGAAGACGGAGGACUCUUACUUUGUAGGUCUGCAAGGAGAGAGUGACUGCUCCUUUUGGAAGAGCCCAAACUCCAUCUGUCAGAGAGCCUUUUCCCCUCCACUGUCUGUCAAUCCGUCUCCGCCUUUUGAACACUGAGGGAGCUGACAUGGAAGAGCAGCCACUCUUUGAAUAUGGAACAUUCCAGAAGCAAGCAGGGAGGACGGGUUAGAAAGAAACUUUUAGGAAAAACACUUUCCAUAACUAAAGCUCAGUUCACGCUUUGUCUCGCCUUUCCUCUCACUUGACGCGUCACAUGUGCUUUUCAAAUUUGGUUCGCCUCUCUGCUUGUUGUGCUUUCUCUCGCUGGCUGUGGGACAUCAUGAGGCCUGAGCUGAACAGACGGCCUCUGUCACCGCAGGAUUACUGGUGGGUAUCUUGUCACAAUAAAGGGGGCUGUGUUUGUCACUGGAGUGUGAAGCCCUGCCUUGAGCCCCUUUCAUCUGAAAAUAAUAUAGUCAAGUGCCAUAGAUUUGUCAGAGUUUUCUCCCUUGUGCAACUCAGGGUCCUUGUGACGCCGCUCAAAGGCUGCCAUUUCCUGCUCUAAAGCCGGACCACAAAGCCCAAAAUUCUCCUGUUUUUAAUUCACUGAGUGCGCCACACAGGAUUAGCCUCAGUGUAAAUUAGACAGAAGCAGGGUGGUAAAGUUAAUGGAGAUGGAUUGGCCUGCAUUUACUAUAAAGCAUGGUGUUACUACAGGAAGCCAGAGGUGUGAAGGGUAGUGUGAGGGGGAUUGUAUGUACACUGUGUUUGUUUCUCUUUUCCAAUGAUUUUUUUUCCCUACCCUGAAGCCGUAAUGAUGAUGAUGUUACAGAUUUAUGAUGACUGACAUGAAUUGUCUCCAUCUUCCUGUUACUAAUUUGUCAUUUUCGACGUUUGAAACUGAAAAGAGUCUGACAACCACUUCCUUCCUUGUUUGCGUACAUCCGAGCAGCUGCAGUGGUGCAACUGAACUGUGCAAAGGAUUAUGAUCCUCAUUAGUCCUUGGGCUGCCUUUUUACAUGGCAAGCCGUUUUAACAUUUAAUAGCUAAGCUUGACUAUCCGGUAUUAACAUUAGAGAUAUCCACAAUUGCAUUUUUCAAAAUAAUUUGUAUUCAAGAUAUCUAUAACAUCAUUCUGACUAAAUGACAGAGAUCUCUAACUGCAGUGAUGUCACUGAAAACAACACUCGACUCGUCACACAUCCUAAAUAACAGUUACAGAUAUCUCAAAGGUCAUCAUGACUAGUCAGAGUUGUUGUGAAUGACGUUGCUCAUUACAAGGCUUCCCAUUGGAUAUUGGCCCAACAAAGCAUUUGAACAGUGUUCGCAGAAGCUUUUGCCAACUUGGAUAGUUCGGUAAAGUUUGAAAGAUAUUCACAGAUUCAAACUUCCCGGAUCAAUAACUAACUCAUAUCUCCAAUUAAAUGAUCACUAUUCCUAACUCCAGUUUGAGAUAUCUACAACAUCAUUUUGACUAGUCAUAAUUCCAGUUCAAGAUAUCUACAACGUCAUUCUGAUUAGUCAAAAUUGAAUUUAAGAUAUCUUAAAAAGGUCAAUGUAGAUAUCUUGAAUCGAGGGGAAUUAAAGAUAUCUUGAACUGGAAUUACGACUAGUCAGAAUUAAGUUGUAGAUAUCUGUAAUUCACAUUGCGGAUAUCUGCAACUGAAUUGUGGAUGUCUGCAUACACAUGAAUGGCAAAAGUAGUUGGAAUCGUACCGGUGAAAAAUGUAAUUACAGAUAUCUUGAAUUUUGACCAGGCAGAAUGACGUUUCAGAUAUCUCUAAUGAAUAUCCAGUCUAGCUAUUAAUGUUAAAAACGGCUCGCCCAUAGCCUUUAUGUAUAAAACAGUUUCCACUACUACUCAUGAGGAGGGCUUUAGGGUAUGUAUUGUUGAAAAUCAGCAGGCACAAUUAAACCAGACACUACUAGUAUUUGGUGUUUAAUACCUGUUUUUUUAUCUUUGAAAACAAAAAGAAACUUUGCUAUGUUUAUGUUAAGUCUGUUUAUAGAGUGGAUGAAAAAGAAAGACAGCCAGCGAUAGAUGCAAGAGCAUUAACAAAAAAAGCUUGCUAUUUUUUAUGCAAGUUGCAUAGUCAUUGCAGCCCGACUGUAUCUCUUGCAUCAUUAAAAGCUGCGGCCAGAAGUAUCGAGGCUCAGUUGCGCUGAUUGAUUUCACUGCCUUAACUGAAACUGACAGAUGUGCCAAAUCAUAAUUUUCUAGCCAAAAAUAAUUUUACUUGUGAAGCUCACUUUUGGGAGAGCCUGUCAAAUCUGUCUGGCACUUCCCUCUCUGUAUGGGUAAUCACUGUUGAAUUUAAGUUUAAGGCUGAGCUUCAGCUUGUAGGUUGAAAAAAAUAAAGAAGUGUUAUUAAAAAAAAAAAAAAAAAAAAAAGGGGGAGAAAGAAUGAAUUUGCGUAACUGGAUAUUUAUAUUCCAAUCACUCAAACACUACAUAAUAUAUUCAGGUAAUUUCUAGGGUUAACAAGUUUGUGCGAAUGGUAAGAUGUCAGCGUUGCCCUUUCUGUAUAAUGUUGUAUAUUAUGCCUUACUUCUUUACUGUUAUCCUUUUCUGUGUUAUCCAAAUAACCUAUAUUUUUCAAUAAAAGAAAUACUGCUGCAUA